AGGGCAAUCACGGUUUCACUUUCACCCAAAAACACCACAUUAAUUGAACUCGAUCGAAUCCAUCCCCUCCCUUUUUAGACAGUCCAUAUCGAUCAAAUCCUCCCAACUUGCAAGAGCUCGAUCCAUAUAUCUCCUCAGGUUCAACUAUCCUAUCAAUCUUAUUAAUUAGGGUUUCUUUCCCAUGCUUCCUGCUUCUGCAUCUUCUUCUUUAUCUUCAUUUUUGCUUUCUCCUUCUUCUUCUCCACCAUGGCCUUCAAACUCUCUCACGUACUUCUUUUCCUUCUUCUGUGGUUAUCCAUAAUACUGCUGUUUCUUUUUCAUGAGUAUCAUGACCAUUUCAAGGCCAAGAUCUACAAGAAUAAGGACAUCAUGCAGGCUAGUAGAGAUCGUUCAUCAUCAUCCUCAUCCUCUCAUCGUCUUCAUCAUGAUCAGAAGAAGAAGAAGCAGCAGAACGGUUCGAUGAGCAGGAAAGUUCUGGCAAAAAGCAAGUUUGACUUCUCUCCUUUCUUCAAGAAUCAUCAACAACGACAUUUGCAGCCACCAGACCCAUCAGACGCACAGAUUGAUCCUCGUUAUGGUGUGGAAAAGCGUCGUGUCCCAACUGGUCCAAACCCAUUACACCACUGAUAUGAUCUGAUGGGGUUAGUGAAAGAAAUUAAGCAUCCAUAUAAUUAACCACCUUCUUCUUCUUCUUCUUCUUUUUUGGCCCUUUCUUUUUUGAUCUCCUUACAUACAGGCAUAUAUUGACCUUGUUAUAUUGUGUAUGAUAUUUCCAGCAGCUUGUGGUGAGACUGUACAUGUAUUAUAAUUAAGUUCAUUUGUUUGAGUUAUAAAAAGAGAAGAGUACUGCAUAUUUUUCA